AUGUCUCUGAUUCAUCCUAGUUCGUGUGAGUGUCUUCACUCUGGUUUGGAUUUGUUCAGCGUACCACCAACACAAACAGCGGUUGAGGAGGGGCAGUUUGUGGAAAUACAUCCACUGGCGUCGCUAGCUCCUGGAGCUCCUAUAGAGUUUGCCAUCUCCAGAAACAGUGAAGAAUACUUGGAUCUUUUCAAUACUUUUUUACACGUCAGAGCCAAA